AUGGGCGGCGUCACAAGCUUCUUGAACCAGGAUGCACGAAGGGAGGUUCCAGACCCGACCUUCGAGCACAUCGCCCAGUUCGUGCCGAAGUGGGAGUGGCAGGGUGAUGACGGUACCUACGUACCCUACGACGCAAAGGUCGCGCUGAAGCUGGAGAAGGCGUUCUCGAAGCUCCAGGAAGCUUCGGCCCACAUGGUCGAGCUCAGCGCGUCAGUCACAGUAGACUUGACCCAGAUGCAGGAGGUCGCUCAGUCCGGUGAAACUACCCGACGCAUCCGGCGGAAAACUCUCGACGAGGUGGCUCGCGGACUCGCUGAGCCUACGUGGCUGCACCAAGAUAGCGAGGUGUUGCUCGCGGACGUGCCUGCGGAGCAUUUGGAGGCGACAUUGGUGCACGAAACAUUCUUCAGCGAAGGUGGGCUAGACGCACAGGAGUGGGCCGUUGUCGCCAUUCAGCGGGUGCAGAACUAUCCCCUCCGGGAAGCCUAUCACUUCGAGCGCCAGCAAAUGUUGCGCGAGCUGCGGCGUCGAGCCGCGGAGGGAUCUCCGGAGGAGGAGAAGGAGGGAAAACCGGAUUUGGAGCUGAAGGAGGUCUGGAAGGGAGGCGAGGCAGCGCUGCUUGGAGAGCUCCAGGAGCGACUCCUUGCACACGGGACGCGGACGUGUGAUCCCACGGUCAUUGUCCAAGAUCGUGACGGUUUCAUGGCGGAAAAAGGUGCCGAGAGGGCGUUCUACGGGCAAGGCUGCUACUUUGCCCAGUUUGUUCAGUAUGCCCACCACUACAGCCAUGUGGUUGCCGGCAACACCGCGACUCGACAGUUGGUGUUGGCAGACGUGUUAUGCGGUCGAGCCUACGAUAUGGGAGAACAGCUGGACCGCAGCGGAGCCCGUUGUAAUCGUGCUUGGCUACGGUCUAAUGGCUACGACAGCGUCGUCGGUGGCCCGCACACCCCGACAAAGAGCGGGCGAGGGCCGAAUGAAUCGCGUCUCUUCGUCAUGUAUCGUGCGAACCAGACGUACCCACGCUUUGUGGUGACCUACAAACGGAUCACCGCAAACAAGCUGAUUCGCAGCCCGGCACGGAUGAAGACCACGGGCAGCCAAAGCUCGCAGACCCCUCGACAGACGCCCCGUGCCUCCGGACCUCGCUUCGUGCCGGCAGAUGUCAAGGUUUCCCAACAUGGCGGCCCGCUGCUUUGUGUUUCCUGGCUAUCUGGGCAGCUGUGUCUUGCCACGGCCGGGCAUGUGAUUCGAAUCGACGGUCAGCAGACGCAGCGAACAGCCCUUCAGCACAGUGCAGAGUGCGCCGCUUUCGGCCCCUCUGGCUCCGUGGCGCUUUGGCUCAAGAGCCGAAGGCUCCUUCUCGCAGGGCCACAAGAAGACCUCAACGAGGCAACCUUGGAGCAUCCUUGGACCGCACAAGUGGUGGCUUGGAGUCCAGACGAGGCAGAAGUUGCCACGGGCUCCAAAGAUGGGAAAGUGCGGAUUUUCAGCGUGACCGCGCGGGCGGUCAGGGAGACUUUCGCGCACAGCUGUCCUGUUUUAUGCCUGGCUUGGAACCCUGAGCGUCCAAAGAUGGCACUCGGUGGCUCCGACGGGAAGUUAUGUGUGUUGGCAACCGACACCAUGACGAUUGAGCUGACCUUAGAAAUGACGAACUGGCUGACGUCUCUGGCUUGGAGCAGCUGUGGGGAGCGACUUGCUGUCGGAUGUGAUGAUCGGAAACUGCACGUCCUACGUGGAGGCUGUGCGGAGUGCGCCGUUGAGCACGAGGACCGAAUUUGGGCCUGCAUGUUUCACCCUGACUUCACCCACGUCGUCGCCACCGGUGCUGUCGACGGAAAAGUCCGUAUCGUCAGCACCACCGCCUCCACAGCCGAAUCCGUGUCCCGUGGGAACGAGGUAGUCACAAGUGCUGCCUGGAAUCCAGCCGGUGACGCUUUGGCAGUCGGAGGGGAUGGUGGCACACUGAGAAUCAUUUCCUUCCAAGCCCAGAAGUUCUCUUUGGACGAAGUCUUCGAUGCACCAAAGACGGGAGGAUACGUAGCAGUCCCUGGGUUCGAGAGGUGCGGAGUUGGCUGGUUUUAG